AUGGAGAAGGUGCUGAUGGUGUCUCGGCUAAUCCUUGCAUUUUGCCUCCUACCCCUGGCUGCUCCCGGAAAGGGCUAUGAGAGGUGUGAGCUGGCAGCAGCUCUGAAGUGUCUUGGACCAAGUAACUUUUGAGGACACAGCCUGGGACUCCAGUCAAGGACCUUACAGCCAAACAGCCGCUGGUGGUGCAACGGUGGCAGGACCCCGAGGGCCAAGCGCGUGAGCAAUAUCCCCUGCUCAG